UGUCUACGAGUGGAAGCUUCACGGACUCGGUGCCGAAGAAAAUUUUUCUGGGGCUUCAACUUCAAUGGAGGGAAUCGGAUCCAGAUUGGGCCGAGCCUCGUCGCGGUACGGUCCGGCGGCCACCGUCUUCAACGGCCCCGUCCGGAGGUGGAAGAAGAAGUGGGUGCUGGCCUCUUCAUCUUCCUCCGGUGUCAAUUACCAGACUUCUUCUCAGUCCCAAUCCAACGCUCAGAAGCUUCUUCUCUGUCGCUGGACUCCGAUUCAUCCGUCUACUUCAUCGGAAGCGGACGGAACUGCCGCGCCGCCUGAAGAGCCUCCUAGACGGAAGUUCCGUUACACUCCUAUUGCUGUGCUGGAGGAGCAGAAAAAUGCAGGAUUGAGGAGUGUCAAAGAUGAAGUUAGAGUGAAAGAAAUGGACCAGUCGGCGUCGAAGACGGCUACUGUGGGCAAUGACGCCCAGGGAGAUCUAAAUGUCAAUGAGGUUUUCAAGGAAGAAACUCAGGAAACAAGCAAGAUUCUGAACAGCCCACGGGAUGGAAACAGGAACAAUUUAGAUUUGGCUUUGUGCUUGAAUGGUCAGAACCCGAAACAAGACUCUGCCGGUAAGAGCUCUUAAAGUCUGCAAACGGGACCGAGCUGAAACUGGGUUUACCCUAUGGACAAUGGUAUAGCAGAAGAAGCAAGUCUCUUAUGAAAUUAGUAUCUCAUGCAGUAGUAACUUGGAAGCAUAGUAUGUUAUAGUGACUGUUUGUAUAUGAUCUUAGGGUGUUACUGGGGGAUGGAUCAGUAUAUAAUCUAGGACGACUUUCUCAGAAUUUGCUUGUUAUGGAAAGUGUAUUUAUUCUUCCUGAAUAAUGUGCAAUCAGAAUGCUUUGGGAAAAACAAGCCCUUUCAAAAUGUUCAUAUAGAGUAAGCGAA